AUGACUGUGUCUUAUGGCAUACCGGUGCCUGCAGUGCCCGACAUACUGGACCCCAUAUUGCAGCCGCCGCGCGGCCCACCGCCGCCUCAGUCUGUUAGAGUUGAACUUAGCAACGUUGUUCGGCAUACGGACCCAGCAGAUGUCACUGAUGUUGACUUCCCUGUCUUCGUUACCACUCCGGGAUACCAAGACGCUGUGUUGCAGCUCAGGAUUGGAGUUCCGUGCGACAUUGAGGAUGCCAUUGAUGUCGUGGAGCGAAGUCCACUUCUACCAGCUUUGACUUGCUGUGAUAGAAUAAUUCCCGUUAGGCCCCAACCGCUGCCAAAUUGCGCGUCCUUUGUUCGGGCUCCCGACUGGGUGUCUUAUUCAGCGCUCUCCGCUAUUGUCCUUGACUUGCGGGAUAUGGUGCCAGGCGGAGUAGGCCCUUUCGUGGCAACAUAUGUCACGCGCCCAACAAGCUUAGCGGAGCUCUGCCGCGAAGCCGGCGUGUAUGGAGCGAUGCCUGCAAAAGUUUAUGCCGGCACAGAUCAGGUUCCGCUAGCUGACGAUGAAUCAAUAAUCUUGGCUAGUGGUUGUCUCGUGACCUUCAUUGCCUCGGCCUCUGACAGAUGCCCUUUCCAGGCCAAUGACCUGCAGUUCAGGAUUACACCCCCUGAUGUUGCUGCAGCGGACUUUGUGGGAGUCAAUUAUGCCGAUGACGGUGGACCUCCCCCGGACUCCUCUUCUGACGUGGAUGACUCAAGUGAUGCCGCAGACUCGGACGCCUUGGAGGAUCUCCGACAACUCACCAGCGAGCUAGGAGAUGACAGCGACACAGACGCUGAAGAGGAGUCAGUCACCAAAUGGGUCUCUGUUGUGAUAUUUGCACCCGAGUACGCACCAGAGAUGCUGACAGUCGCGGUGCGCUUUCCCUGUACCCCGGCUGAUUUCACAGCGCAUGCCCAAGCUGCCAGGGCCAUCGAACGACGUUCUCGCUUUCCUGGCCUCCAAGCAGUGCUUCCACAGCCUGGGCGGGGUACUGGUUUCUUUGUCGCCAUGCCACAUUGGCAGCCAGACACCACCAUCGUGCACUUAGACAUUACAGCAGUUGACGGCAGAGCCUACGCAGCACAUGCACCUACAUAUGCUGAUAAAGCAACGUUAUGCAACCUGGCCGACCUUCCCGAUGCUGAUAAUAUUGCGGUUUACGUUGGAGUCAGCUCAGAGCCCCUGGAAGGCGAAUCCCUCGCUCAUAUUGUCCCAGGUUUUGCAAUCUUGUUCGUGCCUGCGCCAGACCCGCCGCCACCAGCCUGGGACUUAGCCCUACUCCUUCUUCGGAGUCGUUCAUGGAGCCCCGAGCAUCAGUGGGCUCCCCCACAGGUUCACGGUGCCUAUUGUUUGGUUCAAGGGCAAAGACACCAGCUCUUCCACACAAAUCCGCGUGAGCCCUGGACAUAUAGACAGAAUAUCGCCCACGCUACGGGCAUCUUUGACCAACACCUUCAUACCGCCCCUGCUGCACCUAGAGUCAUAGAUGCAGAGAUUGACGGCAUCCCUUGCAGAACCGCUCUUGCUGCGUUUGCACACACCGAGGAGUGGAUUCGUAGGCCAGCUCUUGCCAUCCUCGACCAGCGCCCCCUCCUUGAGGGCUGGGCUAGUUGGCCAGCAUAUAAUGGCUUACUUCUCAUCGAAGACGUAAUUGAUGAUUUACGCUUCUCAGCCCCUCUUGGCUACGAUGUGCAAAUCACUGGGGCCCAGGUCGAAGGCCCCCAUUACUUAAUCACGAGUGGGCAGACACUGGUUGCUGACUAUGUUCGCAGGCCCAUCCGCCUCGAUCUAGAACGUGCCGCCUCAAUGCAUGAAGCCGCUGUUGGCGACAGCAUCGUCAUCACAGCUCCGACGGUGCAGGCAGCUGUCACCCAGUUACAGCAAGAGAUGCCACGCAGGCUCAACCUUGUCCCUCUGACAGCGCCAGACACCUCAGUUGCCCCUGCGGGGCUGCAUGUACAGGUACUUAUAGCAGUCCCUGGCUACCUGCCCGAACUGCACGACCUGAACCUGACCCCCCCAGCCCCUGCUGAGGCCUUUAUGCAACAGGUCGCCCGACAGCGCAUACAAUGUGACCUUCGCCGCUUUCCCCACCUCACUGCGGUCUUUCCACAACCGGACCGGCGAUUUGCUGUCUUUGUUGGCGAGCCGGCGUGGCCAGCCACUCAAACCACAGUUUUUGUCGAUUCUAGAGGCGUUGAUGGGCGGCUGUUUGCGGUCCUCGCACCUGCGCGAGUAGACUUUGCUUCCGUCCUUGCCAUUGCGGACCUUCCUGCAGAUGCACCAGUUCAAGUGUACAUCACAGACGUGCCCUGGCCACUUGGGCCACAUGAUGUCAUUGCUAUUUCCACGGGUGACCUUCUCUCCAUCGUCCCUGAUGCUUCUGCUGCGCCGGUUCGGCACGAACUGAGCGUCAUGCUUACCUCGAGCGAAGGAUGGACUUCCGAUGAUGCCUUUGCGGGAGACUACGGUGACCGGGUGCUCCUCAUUACCGAUGCUGAGCCUGUCCUGUAUGAGGUUAACCGCCUCCGUACUGCGGCGUUUCGCACAGACGUCGCCGCUGCGUUAGGCCUAUCCAUCUGGACUUUCAAGCAGCACUUGCGCCUACUGCAGGAUACGAUGUUGCUGCCCUGCUGCAUAGACUACAAGCCUUUUGCCCGCAGGGCUUCCAACCAGUCGCCUUUGGCGGCGCUCCCAUUCGAAGAUUGGUAG